CAGGAGGUAACAUGUUUGUAUGAAUUCAAAACAUUCAAAUCAUUCUGAAAACAUGGAGGAGAUUUCAUCUUGGAGAGAGAGCUAUCAAAUGAAGUUCAUCUUCUACCUGGCAGAUGACCUCUCCUCUACAAUAAAUCCAACAGAGAAUGCCACCAUGGCCUCUCCCCACUCAAAGACCUAUACAGUGGCCGUCCGCCUGUCCAACACAGAGGAGAAACCCCUGACCAAGCAUAACCUGCAGGUGCUGUCGAUGAGCAUCCCUGACCUGCACCAGCGCAUCACGGGCAGCCCCCAGCCCUUCACCUUCCAUAAGGCCUACCUGCAGUGGGACGCCGUGCCCAGGACGUGCCCUGGACCCCAAACCUCCACGCCACCCAAAUCAUCCAGUCCAACCCACUGCACCAUCCCGUCCAAGUCAUCCACCCCUGUCCAGUGCAUCAUCCCACCCAAGGCCCUGAGGCGCAGCCUGGGAAAGCCAGACAUCACCACCCAUGCCACGCCAAACAAGGAAGACCAGCCUUCCUGUUCCGUACAGGAAAAUGAAACCAUGGCUCCCGACUGGCUGAAAUGCGACGGGUCAUUCAUACCGGGCCUCAGCAACAAGGAGUGGACGACGGUGAGCUUCGAGAACGAGGAGUUUGUACGCUGCAUAUCGCCGGUGGCGUACACCGACGACGCGAGAGACGUCGCCGGCAGGUGCAACAUCGCUGACUACACCGAGUACGGCCAGCUGGUGUUCUCUGUUGACGUGGACUUCCUCCAGAGGUGGAGCGCCGAGGCGGGAGACGAAGAACUGACCGGUCCCACCGCCGCUGCAGUGGUCUCCGACGAGAGGAUGAAACAGCCACAGACGCCUUCGAGCAGGAGGAAAACUCCCAGGAGCAAGAAACGGCACAGCGCCACCACGCGGCGGUCAUCAGGGGCCAGUCACGCCACGGCAUCCAGAAGCCCCAUCAGGAUCUAAAGUGUACCGCUCAGAGAACUGAGAAAAAAACAUCUAAAAAACA